AUGGAUGAUGAUCCAGGUCCAGACCCGGAGAUCGCGCGCCACAAUUCGGCACACUUUUUGAAUCGACUCAAGCCGUUGACAGCCCUUGGCCCACCCUCAGGGGCGCCGGCUGGUGCUCUCGCUCCUACCACGGAGGCAAGCACGACUGGCACCAUUGCCCGUGAUCUUGCAGAUCGGCUGCCCGUUCGACUAUGGCAAGGACUGCUGCCCUUUCAACGCGAGGCCGUGGUGUUUGGAGUGGCACGAAACGGACGCAUUCUCAUUGGCGACCAAAUGGGUUGUGGCAAGACCAUCAGUGCCAUUGCCCUGGCGUGUGCCUUUCGCCAGGAAUGGCCCGUGUUGAUCGUGGCCCCAACCUCCGUGCGCGGCUCCUGGGUGGAUGAAUUAGAGGAGUGGCUUCGCUUUUUGACCCCCAAUGACAUUUGCGUCGUUCGCAGCGGCAAAGACGUGGCUCGUCUCGAUGCCGCCGUUGUCGUAGUCACCUAUGGCCUCCUGAACCAGAGUACCAUGAUGGAUGCCCUUGCUGCUCAGCGCUUCAAGGUUGUCAUCAUCGACGAGUCUCAUUAUCUGAAAAAUUCCCGAGCCAAACGGACACAGUCACUGCUGCCGAUUCUGCGCCGCGCUCGCCGUGUCAUCAUGUUAAGCGGCACUCCGGCCCUGGCCCGUCCAGAGAAACAAGAGGAACGGGCUCGAGAGUCCAGGCUGGCUUCUGCUCACUUCCCCCAAAUGCGCGCUCAGGAGCUUUAUACACAGGUUGAUGCGCUCAAGCCUGGCUACCUUGGUAGCUGGACCUCCUAUGCACAGCGAUAUUGCGACCGCAAGCGUAACUAUUUUGGUGGCUGGGAUACCAAGGGCGCCUCCAACCUGCCAGAACUGCAUGACAAGCUGCGAGCCAUCAUGAUCCGCCGGCUGAAGAAAGAUGUGCUGAGCCAGCUACCCCCCAAACGAAGGCAGCGAGUGUUGCUGGAUGUUGGCGAGGCCGAUUUGAAACGGGUGCAGCAAAUCAAACAGCAAUUGGACAAGCUUGACCCAGUUGAUGCUGAGAGCAAGAUGCAAUCACAUGCCCUGCUACAGUCACUUUACAAGGAGACGGGAGCAGCCAAGAUUCCAGCGGUGCGCGAGUACAUUCGCGGGCUGUGUCAAACCGGCGACAAAUUUCUAGUCUUUGCAUAUCACCUCGAUGUCCUCGACGCCGUUCAUGUGGAGGUCGUCGCUGCCAAGCUGGACUAUAUUAUGAUUCGCGGAGACACGCCCGUGAGCGAGCGGCAAGCAGGCGUCCGCAAGUUUCAGGGCAACGACUCGUGCCGAGUAGCCAUCCUGUCCAUGACAGCUGCUGGACAAGGAUUGACAUUGACAGCUGCCUCCACCGUCAUCUUUGCCGAACUUCAUUGGACGCCCGGCAUCAUCGAGCAAGCUGAGGACCGAGUGCAUCGUAUUGGCCAGGGCGACCCUGUCAAUGUUCAAUAUCUUGUGGCCCGCCGUACUUUGGACGAUACCAUGUGGAAUAUUGUUGAUCGCAAGGUGGGUGUCGUGUCGUCAGCCCUCGAUGGCCAGCGUGAGCGGUUGCGCGCCAAGAACUCGACGGCCCAGCGCGAAAUGGGAGAUCUUCGCCAACGCAACUCCUUGGUCGAUUCUGAGGAUGUGCGUGAGGGCGCUGCCCAAGUGACAGACAUGCUGCGCGAGCACCGAAGCGAGCUGAUCGACGCAACCAUCACAUCCAAAUCUGAUUUGCGCAACUUUUGGAAAUCACCGAAUGCGCGCUCGCGACCCCACCCCAAGGUCAUCGUCGAGCCGUGGUCAUGUCCGGCCUGUACUUUUUUGAACGGUGCUGACGGACAGAGUCCAGGAUCGACAAAUAAAAUUCCCAAGCAGUGUCAGAUGUGUGGUACCCCUCGACCCAAGCGCCAAUCCUCGACCGGAUCUCAAUCCGAGGUGGACGAGCGACAGGCGCCCAUCAUGUCAACGGCUACCGAGACCACCCAGAACGACAGCGACGACUUGGUGAACAUGGACGGUCAGUUGCAUUUGAGCCCAGGAAGCGGUUUCAACAUGGAUGGCCCGUCUGGCUUGCACAGCUUCGAUCCAAGAUCCUCAUUUUCGCGCACCCUCUUCCACGCACGCACGGAUGACACAGAGAUUGAAGCAGAUGCCGUCGCGCCAAAGUUUAAGUUUUGCGUAUCACGGCACACGGGGCGCCUUCAUUUGUUUGACCUCGAGGAUCGGCCACUCAUGAUCAACUUUCACAUGGAUGACUUUCAGCAUGAUCGUCUGAAGACUGUACCUACACACCUUCAAGCACCGGCAGCCCGGCGCGAGGUCUUGCGCUUCAUUGCCACCUUCAACCGGCUCAAGGCCGCAGAGCAGCAUGCGCUUGGCAACCUGAUCAUGGCCAACGUCCAGGAUGGUCAGCGCUUGCUCCGAAAAGCCAAGGAGGAGCGCAAGUCGGGCAGCGCCCGUAAGGCAAGUGGUUACGGCCUAUGUGCCUAUCGUCCCACCGCCCUCGUGGCGCCCUCGACGCGGAGAUACAUGGAGCGCACAAGCAGUGUACCGAGUGGAGAGUCCGCGGCCGCCAGCACGAAUACCACGCCACAGCUGAAGCAGGUGACAGAGCAGAGGGGUCGAAGGGUUGGGGAAGCCAUGGCCCUGGCCUUCCGCCAUUGCUUUGUGAUUGGAUGUCAGAACGCGUGCAAUGUGUUUGUGAUUGCGGGAUGGCAGACGGGAACUGGAGGAUCCAUCCGUCGUCGACUGGCAGAGCUUGAGCAGGGCGUGUGCCAGCUGUGCCACCUCGAUUGCCAGACGUUGCUCUAUAACCUCAAGGGGGCGAGCACGACGAGCGAGCGGCUCCGUCUCCUGGCCCAAACCACGCUGCACAAGCUGCCUUUGGAGCGGCGAGAACGGAUUGCGCGAGCGCCCAAGGCAGCUGACUUGUGGCAAGCCGACCACAUUGUACCUGUCUGCGAGGGCGGUGGGGAGGCCGAAAUUGAGGAAUUUCGCACCCUUUGCACCGUGUGUCACCAAGGCGAAACCCAACGCUUGGUGCUUGGUGGGCGUGCGGCGCGUCAGUUGCGCCACGCUGCCAAGGGCUCAGGAAAUCUGCUGCACAUGUGGCAAACCACGUCAACCUCUUCCAGUCAUUCGGAUCGAGCUCCGACCGUUAUAGAGCUGGACGACUAA